AUGCCCCCUGUCAGCAAGUUUAUUAAAGACUACCUGGCAGGGAAAGUCAAUGAGGAGGGUAGAAUGAUUGCAGAUGAAACUGUCUCUGCCGUGAUCCAACGGAAUGACCUCCCUUCAAAGAAGACCGACCCAGGAAUGUUCACGAUCCCAAUUUCAAUCGGAGACGUCCAGGUGGAGCACGCCAUGUGCGACCUGGGGGCAUCUAUCAAUGUUCUGCCAUACUCCAUCUAUCAACGGCUGGGAAAGGCAAAGCUAGUCGACACGAAUAUAAUGAUACAGCUGGCCGACAGAUCAUGUAUUCACCCGGAAGGAACUUUGGAAGAUGUUAUUGUUAAGGUAAAUAACUUUCUGUACCCAGCUGUUUUCUUCGUAAUCAAGAUGACGGAGCCCGCAACAAAGGAGUCAAGUGGAGUCCUACUAGGACGACCGUUCUUGUCCACAGCCAGCACUAUCAUAGACGUACGGAAUGGAACGAUCAGCCUAGAUUUCAAAGGAGAACAGUACACGUUCAAUAUUGAUGAGGCCAUGAAAAGGCCAGCCGACGGAGAGAACGUGUACUCCAUCGAUGUGACUGAGCCCUUGGUACAGGAGUAUUUGGAGGAAGAAUUUUUAAAAAGGCAGUUCACUGACUCCGCCGCAGAUAAGGAAGUCGAAAAGGAAGUGGAAGAAUGGUUUGAGACCAUGAAGGUCGGAGAAAUGGACGACCAAGUCGUCGCAAGUGCAAUAAAUGAUUUUUGCGAGCGCCCAAAGCCAGCUGGGUCAAGUGGGACAGCUCAAGUAUCUAGCCCAGCGAAGCGGCAUGAUCAAGGCGAGCUACAGGAAAGAGACACAGCAGAAAACCCUCUGCCCAAUGAAGAACCAAAACCUGCAAAAGAGUUAAAACCCCUUCCCGCACAUCUAAAGUACGCCUACCUGGGUGAAGAUGAAACCAAGCCUGUCAUCAUCAACAAUCAAUUAACCCAGGGGCAGGAAGACAAAUUGCUGGAAGUAUUAAGAAGGAAUCAGAGGGCCAUCGGCUGGAAGCUGACAGAUUUGGGCACUUAG